GUAAUAAGAACUCACUUCCUCUAAAUUACUCAAAAAACUUGUCACAUUAAAUAUGAAGCGGCUCCUUUUCCGACAUAUUCGUCAUCGAUAAACCUGAUGCCAUAUUAAUAUCGAAUGGGUGUGCUUAUCGGAGAAAGGUGAGAUGAGAGAAGCGCGGAUAUAUAACACUCUUCCGUGCACUGGUCGUACCACACUCUCACUCAACUCGGUGCACCGACCUAAACCGGAGCAGAAACAUGAAUUACUUUCAAGUGUCCACCUUUAUCAUUCUUUUGGCAAUGGUGGUCGCAGAUCAUCCACGCCACAGGAUGACCAACAAGGGCAAGCGAGGUAUCGCAGACUAUAGCAGCUCGGCGAAUUUGGUUCCCUAUCACCAACAGGCCCAGAGGCCUUACGGGCCUCCCCAAGAAGCUGGAGCUCAUCAACCGUAUCCGCAAAACCAGUAUUUUCAGAAGCCGUUCGAACCUUCUUCGAAAUACUACCAGGUUCAACAGCAGCAGUCGGUACCUUCGAUUCCUCAGAAAUACAUCCAAGCUACUGGUUACGGUGCUCACCAACUGCCUCAGAAUAUCGGCACACCUUCCGCAGCUGGUAUAUCGCAAAAGGUCCCGUCGUACGUAAAGGCGCCAUACUCGCAAGCUGGUGACGUGUCGUCCUUCACCUACUCCAGCCCAGUGGCGUCCUACAACAGCGCCGGUGGUUUGACCUUAUUUAGCGGCAAACCACAAGCGUUAAGGCAGGCGUAUCAACAGCAACCCGUCAAUUUCCAUUACCAGCGACCCGAAUCGCUUCAGUACCAACAAUCGCAGAACGAUUUCCAGUACCAGCCUAUCGGCAAGCCGCUGGCAGUAUCCAGGAUAGUGUACAACCCGCAGGAGCAGAAAGCUCUUCAAGAAGACAAUACGAACUCGAUUUCGCAGCAGUACGAAGCUCACUCCCCGCAGCAAUUUUACGUCGCGGCGGCUCAACAGUAUCCCGCGGCUCCGUCUCAGUAUUCUAGUCCGGAAGCCCACCAGUAUCUCGGACAAUUCGGAACGUCGCAGCAGUACACGCCUGCUGUUUCGGACCAACAGCAGUACUUGCAUCAGCAACAGCCGAACGAGCAAGAGUCUGCAGCAGCACCACAGUUUUACCAACAUGUCAAUUCUUCGAAGUAUAAGGAGAACCAGUACCAGUAGCUAGGGCGUUCGUAGUUUAGGUUUUGUAAAUAGAUCAACAAUAGAUCGUAAGCUUUUGUAAUUCUUACACGACUGAUGAUAAAAGUUCAAGAUUUUGUGACAAUUGGAAAAUAAAAUUUUGUAACGUCCAGCAAUGCUUUUAAAUGUAAAAUAGGUUUAAGUAGGUUCGAGUAGGUGCUACCAAAUAUCGAUAGCUUCUUAGUACUCUCCAACUAUAAUUACAGUAUUUAUUGCGCUGAUGGAUUUGACAUUUUAUUUUCAAGGUUAAGCGUCAAAGGUUG